GUCCUGUGUCAACGGCUCCUUCCCUUGCCAUUGGUGCAAGUACCGUCACAUGUGCACGCAGAACGCCAACGACUGUUCCUUCCAGGAGGGCCGCGUCAACAUGUCCGAGGACUGUCCUCAGAUCAUCCCGUCCAGCCAGAUCUACAUCCCGGUGGGGGUGACCAAACCCAUCACGCUGGCCGCACGCAACCUGCCGCAGCCCCAGUCUGGCCAGAGGAACUACGAGUGCAUCUUCCAUAUCCAGGGCGAGACCCACAGCGUCACCGCCCUGCGCUUCAACAGCUCCAGCAUCCAGUGCCAGAAGACCACCUACAACUACGAAGGGAGUGACAUCAGUGACCUGCCAGUGGAUCUGUCUGUGGUGUGGAACGGCAACUUUGUCAUCGACAACCCCUUCAACAUCAAAGCUCACCUGUAUAAGUGUCCUGCGCUGCGGGACAGCUGUGGCAUGUGUCUGAAGGCCGACCCGCACUUCGAGUGUGGAUGGUGCGUGCAGGAGCGCAAGUGUUCACUCCGGCAGGAGUGCAGCACGCCAGAGCACACCUGGAUGCACGCCACCGCCGGCAACAGCCGCUGCAUGCACCCGCGCAUCACCAAGCUGUUUCCAGAGACAGGCCCCAGGCAGGGGGGCACCAGGCUGACCAUCAUAGGGGAGAACCUGGGCCUGCAGUUCAGCGACAUCGCCAACAAGGUCCGCAUCGGCAAGGUCAUCUGCCAGCCCAUCGAAGAAGAGUACAUCAGCGCCGAACAGAUUGUGUGCCGUUUGGCUGACGCCACCGGGCACCCGGAGCAGAAGGCUAACGUGGAGGUGUGUGUGCGGGAUUGCCAGCCAGAAUACCGGGCAAUCUCACCUAAGCCCUUCACCUUCGUGUCGCCCUACUUCCUGCGGGUUACGCCCUCCUUCGGGCCCCUCUCUGGCGGCACACGCAUCACCAUCCACGGCAUCCACCUCAAUGCCGGCAGUGCCGUGGCCGUCAAAAUCGGCCUGAAUCCCUGCAACUUUGAGAGUCGCACCCCCAGGGAGAUAGUGUGUGUAACCCCAGCCGGGCUGAGCUCCGGUGGAACGCCUGUGAUGGUGGACAUCAACGCUGCCGAGCUCAGGAACCCUGAGGUGAAGUUCAACUACACCGAGGACCCCACCAUACUGAAGAUCGAGCCCGACUGGACCAUUGCCAGCGGUGGAACUCCAUUAACCAUAACUGGCACCAAUCUGGCAACCAUCAGAGAGCCCAAGAUGAGGGCCAAGUACGGCGUUGCCAAAUCUCUCAAUAACUGCACGGUGUAUAACAACACGGUCAUGGUGUGCCUGGCGCCGUCGGUCAACGUGUCCGAGCGCGGCUUCUCCGAGGUGGGCAGCUCACCGGACGAGAUCGGCUUCGUCAUGGACCAUGUCCAGAUGCUGCUAGUCGUCAAUGAGACGUUUAGCUUCUACCCAGACCCCGUUAUUGAGCCUUUUGAGGAUGGCAUGCAGGAACUCAAGCCCAGCUCUCCGCUCAUACUCAAGGGGAGGAACCUGAUCCCGUCGGCCCCGGGAAGCUCGCGGCUCAACUACACGGUUCUGAUCGGGGACGUGCCGUGUCUGCUCACCGUCUCUGAGACGCAGCUCAUGUGCGAGUGGCCAGACGUUACCGGCGAGCACAAAGUCACGGUGCGUGUGGGCGGCUUCACUUACUCGCCGGGCACGCUGCAGAUCUACUCGGACAGCUGCUCACGCUGCCCGCCAUCAUCGGGCAUCGGCGGUGCGGCGGCCUGCUGCUGCUGGUCAUCAUCGCCGUGCUCAUCGCCUACAAGCGCAAGUUCGCGCGACGCCGACCGCACCCUCAAGCGCCUGCAGCUGCAGAUGGACAACCUGGAGUCCCGCGUGGCCCUGGAGUGCAAAGAGGCUUUUGCUGAGCUGCAGACGGACAUCCAUGAGCUGACCCAGGAGCUGGACGGGGCAGGCAUCCCCUUCCUGGACUACCGCACGUACGCCAUGAGGGUGCUCUUCCCAGGCAUCGAGGACCACCCAGUGCUCAAGGAGAUGGAGGUUCCAGCCAACGUGGAGAAGGCCCUAGCCCUGUUUGGCCAGCUGCUUAACAAGAAACACUUCCUGUUGACGUUCAUCCGCACACUGGAGGCCCAGCGCUCCUUCUCCAUGCGCGACCGUGGCAACGUGGCCUCGCUCAUCAUGACGGCCCUGCAGGGUGAGAUGGAGUACGCCACCGGCGUCCUCAAGCAGCUGCUCUCCGACCUCAUCGACAAGAACCUGGAGAGCAAGAACCACCCCAAGCUGCUGCUGCGCAGGACGGAGUCUGUGGCUGAGAAAAUGCUGACCAACUGGUUCACGUUCCUCCUCAACAAGUUUCUGAAGGAGUGUGCUGGCGAGCCUCUCUUCAUGCUCUACUGUGCCAUGAAGCAGCAGAUGGAGAAGGGCCCCAUCGACGCCAUCACCGGAGAGGCCCGCUACUCCCUCAGCGAGGACAAGCUCAUCCGCCAGCAGAUUGACUACAAGACCCUGACUCUGCACUGUGUGAACCCUGAGAAUGAGAGCGCGCCCGAGGUGUUGGUCAAGGUGCUGAACUGCGACACCAUCACCCAGGUGAAGGAGAAGCUCCUGGACGCGGCCUACAAGGGCACACCCUACUCCCAGAGGCCCAAGGCUGCGGACAUGGACCUGGAGUGGCGUCAGGGAAGAAUGGCCCGGGUCAUCCUACAGGACGAGGACGUCACCACCAAGAUUGACAACGACUGGAAACGCCUCAACACCUUAGCCCACUAUCAGGUGACCGAUGGGUCAGCCAUAGCUCUGGUUCCCAAACAGAACUCCGCCUACAACAUCUCCAACUCCUCAACAUUCACCAAGUCUCUCAGCAGAUACGAGAGCAUGCUGCGCACAGCCAGCAGCCCGGACAGCCUCCGCUCCAGGACGCCCAUGAUCACACCUGACCUGGAGAGCGGCACCAAGCUCUGGCACCUGGUCAAGAACCACGACCACUCGGACCAGAGGGAGGGAGACCGAGGCAGCAAGAUGGUCUCCGAGAUCUACCUGACACGCCUGCUCGCCACCAAGGGUACGUUACAAAAGUUUGUGGACGACUUGUUCGAGACCAUCUUCAGCACAGCCCAUCGUGGCAGCGCCCUGCCCCUGGCCAUCAAGUACAUGUUUGACUUCCUGGACGAGCAGGCCGACAAACACCAGAUAUCAGACUCCGACGUGCGACACACCUGGAAAAGCAACUGCCUGCCAUUGCGUUUCUGGGUGAACGUCAUCAAGAACCCCCAGUUUGUGUUCGACAUCCACAAGAACAGCAUCACGGACGCGUGUCUGUCGGUGGUGGCCCAGACCUUCAUGGACUCCUGCUCCACCUCCGAGCACAAGCUGGGCAAGGACUCGCCCUCCAACAAGCUGCUCUACGCUAAAGACAUUCCAAACUACAAGAACUGGGUGGAGAGGUACUACUCGGACAUCGCCAGGAUGUCGGCCAUCAGUGACCAGGACAUGAGCGCGUACCUGGCGGAGCAGUCCCGCCUUCACCUCAGCCAGUUCAACAGCCUGAGCGCACUCCACGAGAUCUACUCCUACAUCGUCAAGUACAAGGACGAGAUCCUGUCAGCCCUGGAGAAAGACGAACAGGCUCGCCGGCAGCGGUUGCGCUGUAAGCUGGAGCAGGUGAUCGACACCAUGGCCCUGGCCAGCUGAGAGCGGACUCGCCGACUCCACCCAACCCGCACCUCCAGCCUCCCACCUCAGCCCCCGACCACGUCACCAUGAACCCCCACCUCACCCCACCCACCCCACCCUAGGAGUUCAGGCGGGCUGGAACCAGAGGGACAGACAUGUGGGUCCACUCCCCACCCAUAAACUACAGACUGCAAGGACAAGAGCAGAACACUGGAGGACACGCAGAGCUGGGCACACUGUAUGUGUGUGAGUGUGAGUGUGAGUGUGUAUGUGUGUGAGUGUGUAUGUGUGUGAGUGUGUAUGUGUGUGUGUGUGUGUGUGUAUGUGUGGGUGGGUGACCAUUCUCAGGUCGACAUACACACACGGCAUCACAGAUAAGCAUUUGAUUAUUAUCGUCGCUGUUGCAAUUUUCUUUUUCUACUCGUUUUCUUGUUUUUAUUAUUAUUUGUGAUGCUGCGCGGAAGGGUGUGAUGUCACCAUAUUCCACGCACGUGAAUCCUCUGUCAAGCUUUGGCAGAAAUCCAGAAGGAAUGUUGAGAUGUUGGCAAACCCUCCAGCCAAUAGGAGGGUGUUUUCUUGGAUCAUGUGAUCAACAGUGGGACUUGUGAUAGGCCACGUGGAGUUUUAAAGACUGUGUUCAUGAUGUUUUGUGUGUGUGUGUAAAUGUAAUCAGCUGCCCCCUCUCAGCUCUCCAUGUCACACGUGUUACUGCUGAAUUUGCACAGUUUACAGAAACAAUUACAAAGGAAAGAUAUAAAGAUAUUAUAUAUGAGAUACAGUUCCAUUUUCAAUGAAGCAACAGUGGAUACAAAAAAUGUAUUUGUCAUUUUAAAUAUCCACACACACACACACACACCAACUGAAAUUAAUUCGAUAUUUCAACAGAACUACAUCAUAGAGAAAAAAAAAAGUUGUACAAAAAUGAUCAAAACUUCUUGUCCUGUGCCAUGGUUUAUUUGAAUGUUGUUUAGUGCAAAGACAUUUUGUUCGAUGGAAUGUGCUAUGAUUUGAAUAUGAACUUGCCUCGUGACUGAAAAAAAAGAGUGUUUAGACUAUUAGACGACAAAAAAAGAAAGAAAACAGCGGAGGAACAGUUGCAGGCAGGGAGAGGCUUGCAGAAAACAGGAACUGACGCUGAAAAGAUGACAGAGAAACAAACAAAAAAAAAACUCAAUGUCUUGCAAAACUUGAAAUCACUCGUUUUCUCUAGGUAUCUGGUUCCACAGGGACAACAGCCUCAGUACACACAAACAAACACACAUGCGUACACCCACACACACACACACACACACGUACACACACACACACACACACACACACACACACACACACACACACACUCUCCCUGUCCCUGCUCUCUGUGAAAGCCCAGUGCUGGCGUUGUAAAGUAUGUUGCACUGCUUGCCUCCCCGCCCCUCGCCCCACUGAGCCUGACCCAUGCAGGCAUCUGAAAUGUGAAAGGUGAGAGGCCAGUUGGCAAAUACCACCGGAGCUGUCGGUCAACCGAUGAAUGAUUUGACCCACAUGAUUGACAUGCUCAGGCACCUAACCCGCCCCUCCCCCUAUGCCAGUGUACAUCAUGACAUUUUAUUCAUCCUGCAGUCCCUCCUUCUCUGCUGUCGGUUUUCCUUGCUUUCUUUCCAUUUUUCUCUUUCUCUCCUCCAUAGUCUCUCCUCCCCCCACCAUCUUCAUGUCCGUUUCUGUCGUCGUCCCCUUCCUCGUCUCGGCUGUUGCUCACGGCUAACAAGAGACGUUUGCUGUGUUCAGCUGGGCUCUGUCUGCUUGCUUUGUUUUGGCAGGACUGAGGUGAGGUUAGGUGUGGGAAGAUUAGCGCCUCUGUCGCCACUGUACAGGGCCUGACACAAAAUGGAGGCGAAGCCUUCAUGAGCAGCAUGAUCCGGCAUGUUGUGGUGUGUGUGUGUCCACACACACACACACUGUUCAGUUUGAGCCUCUGAGCGGAAGGAGCGAGAGAGAGAGGGAGAGAAUCCCAGGGAGCAGCACAUCAACAAGGCUGAUCAGAGGAGGAGAGAGAGGGAGAAAAAGAGAGAAAGAAGCUUUAGCUUCACCUCAUUACUGCUUCACUCACUGUUCAGAGAGAGAGAGAGAGAGAGAGCGAAAAAAAGCAGAAGAGAGAAAGGCGAGCCGAAGCUUGGAGAUAGCAGGGUGUUUUUCUCUCCAUUUCAAGUCAUUAGCAAGAUGAGGCUAAGUAAUCCUGUUACCCCCUGACCCCCUUUGCCAUCACUGUUAGUGGAUGUGUGUGCGUGGGUGUUUUGCACGGGACUUUAACUAUGACUUGUAUUUUUAAAAGAGAAUUUUAUUAUGUGGAGGUCUUGGAUGAAGUUGACUUUGAUUACUGGAUUUUUUGUAUUAUUAUUUGACUCGUGGCUUCUCUGAUCCACAGUGUGCUGUAUAAUGGUAUUAAAUCCACAAUCCCCCCACCCCACCAGUCAGAUCCAAAAGCUGUUAUUUUUUUCAACAUUUUCUUUUUUAUUCUUUCUUUUUUUGUUGGCUUUCUUUCUGUAUUCCUCAAACUUUGAAGGAUGUUCCUAUAGACUUAGAAGUAUGCGGGGGGGGGG